AUGUCCGGCUCUGAGAGAAGUCUAGCUAAAGGCAGUGCGGCCCCAUGCCCAGUCCCACAAGGAUUGAUUCGCCUAUACAGCAUGAGAUUCUGCCCCUUUGCCCAGAGAGCAAGACUUGUCCUAAUUGCCAAAGGAAUCAAUCAUGAAGUAGUGAACAUCAAUCUGAAGAACAAACCGGACUGGUAUUUGGAGAAGAAUCCCUUGGGUCUGGUACCUACCAUUGAGACCUCUGAUGGGAAGAUCAUCUAUGAAUCGCCAAUUGUUUGUGAAUACCUGGAUGAAGUGUUUCCUGGGACUAAGCUGAUUCCAUCUGACCCCUAUGCAAAAGCUGAACAGAAGAUGUUGAUGGAAGCUUUUUCUACAGUAUGUACGAUGAGAAUAUGUGUGAUUUGGGUGAAAAAUAAUGAAGACACAACUGAAUUAAAAUCACAGUUCCUUGAGAAGCUGAAAAAACUGGAAGAGGCACUGGCUAAGAAGAACACACCAUACUUUGGUGGUGAAUCUGUGUCCUUUAUUGAUUACAUGGUUUGGCCCUGGUUUGAAAGGUUCAGCCUUUUUGUAUUCGAAGGUGUUUUGGAUAAGACUCCUAACAUCAAAGCUUGGCAUGAUCGUAUGCUACAAGAUCCAGCUGUCAAGGCAACCUUCACUGCUCCAGAACUAGUCUUGGGAUUUUUCAAGCUCUAUGCUGAGGACAGUGUGGAUGCUGUUGAUUAUGGCCUUAAUUAG